UGGCGGUAGGGGGGCCUGGCUGUGUAGACACUAUCUGUCAAAGAGUGGCGGCGAUGCAGCAGCCGUGAGGCGCCAUGGGGGACCACGACCGCAUCCGGCUGGUGCUGCUCGGCGGCGCCGGCGUCGGCAAGAGCGCCAUCGUCAAGCGCUUCCUCUUCAAUACCUUCACCGACAAGUACCGCAGCACCGUCGAGGACCUCUUCUCUCGGGAGUACGAUCUGGGACCAGUUUCGCUCAAGGUGGACAUCUUGGACACGGCGGGGGACAUGCAGUUCCCCGCGAUGCGGCGGCUGAGCAUCGCGACGGCGCACGCCUUCCUGCUGGUGUACGCCGUCACGUCGUCGGCGUCGUUCGCCACGGUGAAGCGCUGCCUGCAGGAGGUGCGCGAGCAGCGGCCAGACUUCCAGGAGAUCCCCAUCGUCGUCGCGGGCAACAAGCUCGACCUGGCCGCCACGCACCGCGAGGUCGCCAUUGAGGACGUCUCCGAGUGGCUCUUCUGCGAGCUCCCCAAGCUCAGGGCCAAGGUGCUGGAGUGCUCGGCGCGGGACGACUACAACGUGCGCGACGUGUUCCGCACGCUGCUGACGCUGUCGCGCAUCCUGCCGGUGAGCGGCGACGAGGUGACGAGCGGCCUGAAGCGGCGCUCCAGCGCCUACGUGAGCGCCAGCAAGGCGGCGCACCGGCGCGGCGGCAGCCCGGCCACCACGGCGCCGCCGCCCUGCGCCUCCAGCGCGGAGGCGGCGGGCCCGGCCAGCGGGGGGGCGGCGGGGGCGGCGUCUCUCGAGCCGGGGGGCGCGCGCGCCAAGCCGCGCAGCCGCAGCCUCAUCCGGCGCUCCAGCCGCAAGGCCAAGCAGCAGAUGCGCGACGCGCACGGCGCCGACGACUGCAACGUCUCUUAG